AUGUCAAAUUUAACUUUCUCAGGAAUGAGAACUCUUAAAGCAAGAGUUGAUGAAGAAGAUCAAAAUAAAAAGAGACAUCCCUUUGAUCUUCAAAAAUAUUAAUAAAUUUUAGAAUAAAUCUCUACUACACAUCAAUUUGAUAUGGAUCUUGAAAAUAGACUCAAUUAAUUGGAUUAAACUGAACAAUCUAGACCAACUCUUGAUAAGAGUUCAUUUCUCAAUAAAUAAUAUGCAAAAUACAUUGAAAAAGGAUCAGAUUUAUAAUUGUCCAAAGUUGAUUGCAUAGAUCCAGAAGAUGAUGUGUGUACUCAUAAAUAAACCAAGUCAUUAUUAAGCAUAAUAAAGGGAAGACCUGUUAAGUUUACAGAGUUCUAUAAAAUAUUAUUACAAGAAUAUUCAAUUGAAUUUCAAAAUGCAGAGCAAAAAUUAUAAUUUAAAGAAAAUUUAAAAAAUAAAAUUGUUACAAUUGAUCCAAAUAUUGUCUCAUUAAAUGCUCUUCAAUUAUGUACUAGAGAUAAAGGAAUCAAGGGCUUAAUUGAGGAAAUAGCAGAAGAAACAUAUCAAGAUAUCAAUAGAAAGGAAAAAUAGAAGAUCAAUAAUGAAAUUGUAGAUGAAUUGGAAAAUGUUAAAUAAUUAUUAGAGAAAAAAUAAGUUAUGCAAAUAAAAAAAGAAAAAGAAUUAGUAGAAUAUGAAUAUUCAUUAUAAAAAUUUAAAUCUGAAAUGUCUAACAGUAUUUAAUAGGUUUAUGAUAUUUUAUGUAAAAUGAUGGAAGAACAAUAUUAAUAAAAAUUGAGUAAUUUAAAUAAAAAGUUUAAUAAUUUAGAACAUCAAUUAAAAUCUAAAGUUAAACUAAUUGAACUUAAAGGAUCAUCAAUAUAAAAAAAUAAUUCAACUUAUAGUUAAGAAAUUUAAAGAUUAAAAUAGAGAAAUACUUUAUUAGAAAAAUAAGUAGAAUCUCAAAAAGUUAGAAUAUUAGAAUUAGAAAAGAAGUUAUCUCUUGAAAAAGAUAAUACAAUUUAAUUGUAAAAAAAGUUAGAAAAAAUAAAUUAAAAAUUAUUGGAAUAAAAAGAAUAAAUUAAGGAAUAAAUAUAUCAUACAGAAUAAAAUGAAUCUUAAUAAACUUUAAAAUAAUAAUCGCAAUAAUAACUACUAGAACAACCUAAAUAAUAAUAAUAAGUAUUAUAAGAUUAACCUAAAAAAAAUACUAAUAACUAAGAUAUUUAAACAAAAUAAAUUAAAUUAUUUUAAAGUGUUUUUGAACAAAUAUUUUUUGGAUUAGACCAAUUACAAAUAUAAUUAGGUAUAGAUAUUAACAAAUGGAAUCAAGAACUAUUGCCAUGUUGUUUAUAAGAUAAUUUAAUUGACUUGCUUGGAAAUUUAAUGCAAAUAGUAAUUAAUAAACAAGGAUUUUCAUAAAUUUAUAAAUUGUUAUUAUAACUCUCUUCAUUUUAUUUCAAAAAUACUUGUUCAUCAAUUAAUUGCUAAUAAAUCGAAGAAUUCAUAAAAAAUUAAAAAAAAUAGUAAAAUUGCAAAUAUUAUAUUGGGAUUCAUGAUUCAAAAAAUAGAGAAUUCAUAUUGUAAUUAAAAGCAUUAUUGGAAAAAAAAAAAAAAAAUAAUACUUAAGUGGCAUUUAUUUUAAUGUUUUAUGAUAGGGAUAUAUCAAUAUCAAUAAAAUAUCUUUCUUAAGAAAUUGUAUUUAUAUAAUUUAUUUUAGUGUAAUGAGGAAGUUCAAAAAUUCAUUUUAGAUAAUGGAUUAUUAGAUGUUUUUGUGAUAAAAAUGAUUGAUGAUAGAAAUAUGGUACAAAUAUUAUUAGAAAUAAUUGCUUAAGGUUAAUUUUAGAAUUAGUUUUUAUAAUAAUUAACUAAACAUUUUGAAAUUUUAUUAACAUUGUUAAAUAGUUAAGAUUUAGAAUUUUGUGAGUAGCUAUCAAUAGUUUUGCAAAGAGUUUAAUAUUAUAACAAAUAAACUAUUAACAAUAAUUUUAGAGGAUUAAUUGAAAAGAAAAUGA